AUGGUGCUGAUAGCAUCCUGGAAGACUGUUGAUGGGGAACUCAACCUCCACGGUGUUGCGCUAGCACUGACACUCGCAAGAUAUUUCAAACGCUGGUCUUUGUGGUCAAAAGACAUUAUAUUCCUCAUCACACCGGAUAGCAAGUCAGGAGCACAAGCGUGGGUUGACGCUUACCAUGAUAUGCAUCCACCCUCUGUUCAGCCCUUACCACUAAAAAGUGGAGCUUUACAAGGGGCUAUUGCGUUUGAACAUCCUCAGAACCAUAGAUUUGAAUCCCUUCACAUCCUGUAUGACGGUGUUAACGGUCAGCUGCCGAAUCUUGACCUAUUCAAUACUGCCAUUGCUGUUGCUCGCGGUCAGAUGGGUAUUCCAGUUGACUUGCAGCAUGUAUGGAAUCAUGACAAUAAAUACCAAAAACGUCUCCAGACUAUGCUUAAAGGCAUGAUUCGCCAAGGACUAGGCCAUGCUGCCGGGGUUCAUAGCAGCUUCAUCCCCUAUCAUAUUGAUGCCAUCACAUUUCAGACCAUUGGUAGUGGAUGGGAGGAUGAGAUGGCUCUAGGAAGAUCCAUCGAGGGCGUUGUCAGAAGCAUUAACAACCUCCUGGAACAUUUCCACCAAAGCUUCUUCUUUUACCUACUUAUGCACACCAAGCGCUUCGUCAGCAUAGGGACUUAUCUGCCUAGCGCAAUGCUAAUUGCGGGGAAUUUCACUAUUAUGGCAAUUGGUCUUUGGCUUAAGAGUGGACGUCGGACUCCAAACGCGCCGCUGGAGACACACCUCACCCCUCUUGAUAGCAAAUCAGGGGAAGAAAAGCAAAACGCCACCACCAUUGCUAUUGAUGGGGUCAACAGGGCUGUAGAAAGGCAUCUGUCAUUGCCGUUGGCUCUGGUGUUGGGGUUACAUUUCUUAGGAGCUGUUCCCUUAUUCACUUUCAACAGCCUUCCUCAUAAUGUAUGUGUAUACCAUGUCGUACAAGUCGAUUCCAUUUCCAGGCCCAGCUAA